GCGACUGUGAAGAUCGAGGUCGGCGGCGUGCUAGAGACGCGCGUGUUUUGUUUAUUACGACUUCCAACGCCGUCUCUGAUCAAUCCCGAAUCCUGCAACAAGAGUCGAGUUUGUAUAUGUCUGGGUGUGCGUGUUUUUGUGGUGGUGUGCGUGUGGAAGUUAUUUCUCGGAACGCUGGAUUAAAAAAAUGUGAUAUUAAAUUAUAAAGGAUUUUUAUCUCGGCUGUCUGCUGAGUUUAUUGUUGUGAUUAAAAAAUGUGUACACAUCAAAAAGUCUGAAAUAAACACUUUUUGCUGGCUUGUUGGUGGAGUGUUGUUUGUGAUAAAGUCGGUCUGUGAUAGUUAUUAAAAAUUUUCAAAAAUGAUGAAAAAAGAAAAACCUAUGAUGUCGGUGACUGCCAUCAUCCAAGGGGCGCAAAACUGGAGUCGGAGUCUUCCUAAUUUCGGACCUCCACACAUGUCGCUAGCCCUUAGUCUGGACCAGAAUCUCUCGAUGGGCAGUUUGGGAGCGCCCCAGUCCCCAUUGGACAUGAAACCUGACGCUUCCACUUUGGGCCAAUUUAGUCCUCAAGGGCCCAACAGUCCCGUUUCGUUCUCAAUGGGAGGACACGGGAGUCUCCUGAGUCCUUCGGGGAAUACGCCCAAUAAAAGUUCCGGGUCGCCGUAUCCGCCAAAUCAUCCCCUCAGUGGCUCCAAACAUUUGUGUUCGAUAUGCGGCGACAGGGCGAGCGGGAAGCAUUAUGGGGUGUAUAGUUGCGAAGGUUGCAAAGGAUUUUUCAAGAGAACGGUUAGGAAGGACCUUUCCUACGCCUGUCGAGAGGAGAAGAACUGCAUUAUCGAUAAGAGACAAAGGAACAGGUGUCAGUAUUGUAGAUAUCAAAAAUGCCUCAAUAUGGGAAUGAAACGGGAAGCCGUUCAAGAAGAGCGACAAAGAACGAAAGACAGAGACACGUCCGAAGUGGAAUCGACAUCGAAUCUUCAAGCUGACAUGCCCCUCGAAAGGAUAAUCGAAGCAGAGAAACGAGUUGAAUGCAACGAUCCUUUGGUGGCAUUAGUGGUAAACGAGAAUAAUACCACCGUAAACAAUAUCUGUCAAGCCACAAACAAGCAACUGUUUCAGUUGGUCCAAUGGGCGAAACUUAUACCUCAUUUUACAUCAUUACCAUUGUCGGAUCAGGUGCUAUUAUUGAGAGCAGGAUGGAAUGAAUUGCUCAUAGCUGCAUUCUCGCAUCGGUCGAUGCAAGCGCAGGAUGCUAUAGUACUGGCGACGGGAUUGACAGUCAAUAAAUCUACAGCACACGCCGUCGGCGUCGGUAACAUCUACGACAGGGUUCUCUCCGAGCUGGUGAACAAGAUGAAGGAGAUGAAAAUGGAUAAGACAGAGUUGGGGUGUUUGCGGGCGAUUAUUCUCUACAAUCCUGAUGUCCGGGGGAUAAAAUCAGUGCAAGAAGUUGAAAUGUUGCGUGAGAAAAUCUAUGGUGUUCUUGAGGAGUACACGAGGACAACUCACCCCAACGAGCCCGGGAGGUUCGCUAAAUUGUUGCUUCGUUUGCCGGCUUUGAGGUCCAUCGGGUUGAAAUGUCUCGAACAUCUCUUCUUUUUCAAAUUGAUCGGUGAUGUUCCAAUAGAUACUUUCCUAAUGGAGAUGUUGGAGGGAACAACGGAUCCGUAGGUCGGAAGGCAGGGUUUUAGUGCGUCUUUCCCAAACAGUUUAUUUUUUUAAUUAACUUUACAAAUCUGUGAUUUUUAUCUAUUAAAUGGAACAUCUCUUGAAAUUUUUUGGAAGAGGGUAUUAUUAGAUGUAUUUUGAUACGGGAAGACUCAUUUCAUUUUUUUGGAUUACUUUAUGUACAAUAGAUUUAGUGGAUGAUACACUAGAAUAUUUAUUUUUUAUUUAUAAUUGAUAGCUUCGAGUAUUGUUGAAAUUAUGCAAGUUUUAGAAUAGAUCUCACUUGGACGCUUCAGUUAUUUUUGAGGAAAACAAGGGCCUAAUUGGACCGUUUGAGAGCCAAUCAAAGAUGAAAGUCUCUUUAAUCAGUUAUAACUUAACCGUAGAUAAAACGUAGUCGUGUAUUUCAGAAUCAUAACGAGAACCAUCAUAUCACUCAUUUGUUAUGCCCUAUACAGGGUGAUUCUUAAAUAGACCGACACAAUUUUAUUCUUGGUAGUUUCAAAUGAGAGAGGGAAAGCGUACGCCACUGAUGUGUUCGUAAAUGGCUAGUGGAAACAUGGUGAAAAUGUACUUGAUGAAUAGAACAAUUCAAAAACGUCGUAAGUGGCACGGAUCAAGGGGGUUUUGCCCCUAAAAGAUAUAAACGUAAAAAGGGUACAGUUUGUCUUCAUUUAUUCUUGAGAAGCUGUGAUAAAAUUUUGUUGGUCUAUUUAAGAAUCACCCUGUAUACCGGGUGACUAUUAAUGUUUGUUGAGGUUGCCAAACAAAAUUUUAAAUUUGACACCAACUGAGGUACAAUCAUUUACAGUCACCCGGUGUUAUUGAAUGAAAUAAUGUUAAUUUUUAUUCUUUCAUUGUUGAGUGCCUGUGACUUGAAGCCACAGUUUGUGCACUUGGAAAUGUCUCAAUUGGUGUUUUUCAGUAUUAUUCGUUUUCUUUUUCUUCGGGCAGCUUUGUAAAUAGUCAUUAACAUUCCAGUGUACUAAAUGAAAAGCGCCGUUCUUUACUUAUUGGCCUACAAUUGUUAGAAAUCUCUAUGGUCGUUUCACUGUGUGUACAUAAAACUGUCUGUUCAAGUUUCGAUAUUUUAAUUGUUAAUUAUAAUUUAUAGUUUAUAGCAUCUAAUACUAAACUUUUAUAAAAAUAUGUCACUUAUGUAACAAUAAUAAAUUCUUCUUUCCAACGAA